AGACACCAUUUCCUCUCUUUCUGUCUGAUCUAGCAAACGGAUCCCCCCCUAUAACUUGCGGAUGAAAUGUGUUUUGACAGAGCUUUUAUGCAAACUUAACCCAUAUUUCUGACGGGAUUCACACACUUAUUUAGUCUUAUCAGUCAAAGAUAGUAUGGGUUAUUUUAAAAACAAGAUUUAAGUUUGUUUUUUUUAGCAGGAAUCAAACCGAAUCGGAACCUGGAUAGCAGAUAAGCAUACGUAGAAAGACGCACGUAAUGCCAUCCUCUUAGUGUAAAAGUGAAACUUUUCCUCACUUUGUUAUUAUGGCACACAUGGGAGCCCCUGAAUGACACGUUAAGGAGAAACCGAACUGCAGUGUGGAUGCUGCAUACGGGAGGAGGUGCGGCAAAACUAGAUUAGGAAGACAAGGAGAGCGCUGUUGUUCCGUCAAAUCUCAAACCCAGCCAGCAGUCAGUCAGUGUGUUGUUGAAAACGGGAGCGUCGGGCUGCAUUCUGCACACUUUCUCCGUCCCAUCACUCAGAAACCUGUCUGCAAAACUUUUGGGAUUGUUUGAAUUUUAUGAGAGGAGGGACAAGAAGGUGAAACGGCGAGGGAAUGGAGAAGCACAAAGUGCUGGACCAGCUCCUGAUGGAGCUCCACCGCUUCCUGCUCAUCCUGGACAAGGAGACACUGAGUGGGAACGCCACCAUCCAGAAGGGCUUGCUGUCUGAUCUCCUGCGGUCCUACAGUUCCUCCAAUGGUGCUGAUGAGGAGUAUAUCUACAUGAACAAAGUCAUUGUUACUGGGAAGGACAAAGGCAGCAAAGGUGACAGAUCAGAUGCCCUGGUCAAUGGAAAAGCAGCAAAAUUUGUCCCCGUCCCACAGAAGAGCCUCCCUGACCUGCCGCCCCCCAGAGCUGGUUUGGUGGGUCGAGAGCCGUUCCCCUUACCUGCAGUUCCUGCUCCAGCCUGUAUAGACACUUCAGAGAGUUACUAUGAGGAGGCUCAGCCCUAUGAGGAAACUUUCAAUGAUCUGGACUGUUUUGGCCUCCUCUCAGGGCCCUGGAUGCGCGUGCGGAGCUCUGACAGUGUGGUCUAUGCUGUUAUCAACAGGGAUGAUGGGGAUGCAGUUAGCAGUUCAUACGAGUCCUACGACGAGGAGGAAGUGACCAGAGGAAAGUCAGAAUCCGCUCAGCACCAGUGGCCGUCAGCAGAGGCAUCCAUUGAACUCAUGAAGGACGCUCGGAUCUGUGCCUUCCUGUGGAGGAAGAAGUGGCUGGGCCAGUGGGCCAAACAGCUGUGUGUCAUCAAAGACCAUCGCCUGCAGUGUUAUAAGAGCUCCAAGGAGCAGACGCCUCUGCUGGAUGUGAGUCUGCUGGGCUGCAGUGUGGUCUACAAGGAGAAGCAGCUGAAGAGGAAGGAGCACAAACUGAAGGUCAUUCCAGUGGGAGGGGAAGCCAUCGUGCUCGGCCUACAGAGCAAGGAGCAGACGGAGCAGUGGCUGAGGGUGAUUCAGGAGAUUAGUCCCAAGCCGGCAGAAAACUGUGACUCUCAGCACUCUGUGUCUGACUCCCCAAGACUCAUUUGUACAAAGGGAGAACUGAGUGAAAGAUACUCAGUGGCUUCAGAGAGCGGCAGCAGCACUGACAGCCAUGCUGACACUCCCGAAAACAAAGAUGGAAAUAUUAUCUUCCCCUCCACAGUGAAGAAAAAAUAUGGGGCAGGCUUGAAGUUUAGCAACCUCAUGAACAUUGGCAAGAAAAAACCCUCUUCGUUGGAGAGCCCGGAGAAAAGUCUGGACACCUCAGGCUACCUCAACGUGUUGGUGAACAGCCAAUGGCGGACCUGCUGGUGUCUUAUAAAGAACGGGAAGCUAUGGUUUUACCAGGACAAGGGCAAAAACAAAGUGAGCCAGCCUGCUGUGACCCUGGGGGGCUGCAGUGUUCUGCCCGACCCCAGCCCCGAGCACCUGUACUCCUUUAGGAUCGACAUGGACGGCGCGCAGCUGGCAACCCUAGAGGCUAAGACGUCCGCAGACAUGGGCCAUUGGUUGGGCCUCUUGCUGUCACAGACGGGGAGCAAGACGGACCCCGAGGAGCUGACGUACGACUACGUCAACUCUGAGAGGAUCUCCAGCAUCGUCAACGCUGCCAAGACUUCCUUAUACUUGAUGCAGAGGAGGUAUUCAGAGCCAAACGCCUACAUAGACAACCCACCCUCCAUGCCUCACAACUCUGAUGAGCUGUAUGAUGAUGUGGCGUCUCUAGCUGAUCCAGAGGAUGCUGAAGAGAGCGGCCUGCCAGACAGUGAGGACAACAAUCCUCAGGAACAUAUUGAAACAUGCACGCAGGACACCAAGGACUCAGUGGAAGCAGAACAGGACUCUGAAAACCGGAUCUACCUGGACCUGGUCCCUGUUCGCUCCUUCCUCCAUACGUCCUGCGGGGGUAAAGCCCCCUCUGUCAAAGAAACUUCUAGAAAUUCCCCGGUCCCAGGAGAGGACCAUAAGGAACCCUCAUCUCAAAUAAAAGAGGUCAUUUCAACUAGCCGUACUGAGCCAGAUUCGACACCUGUGUUAGAUGGAACAAGUUCGUCCUCUAUAACCAGCAAAGCAGAACCGGAGCUCCCCCCGACUCCCACUCCAAUACAGCCACAAACUCAGCCAGUCAAGACCUCAUCCCAAAGCCAGGAGACCCCCAAGAGGACCAGUGUGGGAAUCCCACAGGUCUUCAACUCCCUCGGGGUUCAGAUCAAUAAAGGCCCAACGGUUUCUGCUGGGCUCCCUCACAGUCCUAGCCCCAUGCGGCCGAAGGCACACACCAUAGGGUGUCCCGGUGCAGUCGAAGUGAAACUGGGCAAGAACCGCACAGAGGCAGACGUGCGGCGCUACAUCGAUGAGCGCGACGGUCUGGAGAGAGAGCGGGAGGAGGUGAGGAGCAGUCUGGCGAACCUGAAGAAAGAGAGGAGGGAAACCAAAGAGGAGCUCAGUGCCUGCCAAGAUCCAAAGCAGCAGGCCUCAUUAGAAGCCUGUCUGAAGCAGAAGGAGGAGGCGUGUCGAGAGGCAGAGCGCCGCAGGGUGGAGGUGGAGCUGCAGCUGGUGGAAGUGAAGGAAAGUCUGAAGAAGGUGGAGUCGGGGCCUUUCACACUGGGGACCACACUGGACAGCAGCCUCCAGGACUCGCCUACGUCUAAAGCAGCAACCUGGCCUACUCCCCAGACGACAUCAUCAUCAUCAUCAUCAUCAUCAUCAUCCCAACCAUACAACAGCAACGUCAGUGCAGACCCGGCCUCCCCAGUCAACUCUGCAUCUUCGCUAAAGAACAGGCCGGUCUCCAUCAUGGCCACCAAAGGCAAAGUCCUGCAGAAAGCUAAGGAGUGGGAGAAGAAAUCCACCACCUAGAGGGAAACAUGAACGCCCUUUGACCUCUCAAAUCGAUAUGUUUCUCGAGGUCUGGUCUGCUUUCCAAAGCAGGAACGGCCAGACAGUUAAAUCAGCAUCCUCCCUUCUCUCUCUGGAUCCCUCAUCACCUCCUUGCCAAGACUAUAAAAAGCCAAUCAGGGAGCCGUCUUCUCAAAUACCACUGGAUAAUCUUGGUUUCAAUGACAUUUCAAGUCGUUUUUCUCCAUUUGCUCAAAGGAGGACAUUGAUGAAGUAGCAUUUUGGCCAGUCUAACAAUUGUUCCCGACGAUGAUGAUGAUGAUGAUGAUGCACAAAUAGGGAUGUUUUCGACAUUGAAAAAAAGCCAAACAUCUGAAACCACUGAGAGAGAGAAAAGACACCCCUCUACUAAAUUGGCCAUUUUGUACACUCUACAUUGUAGCUUGGUUCAUAUAUGCUGGUAGCCAAGAUGUAAAUAUAUUUACACCCUUAUUCAGCCUAAUUUGGCUUGUAUUGCUAGCUAAAAAUGCACUUUUUAUUCAAAUAAAAAUGUACUGACAACAA